AUGUGGAGGAAUCUCCGCUCACUUCAGAUUCUUAGAAUUGAUGUCAUUUCUCCUACACAAUUUGGACGACCGUUCCGGCUCCUGGCAUCUUUAAGAGAACUGGACGUAUCAGGUGACACAGGUUUCUGCUCUGUAAGAGCGAUGACAAAGAGCUUCCUCAUAAAUAUGCCACAUCUGGAAAUCAUUGACCUGUCUGCUUGUAACCUGACCUCAUUUUCAGCAGAUGCACUGAUAACACAAAGAAACCUAACCAUUCUGAAUAUUUCCUACAACGAGAGGCUUACUUUUGCAAGUUUUGAAAAUCUUUCUCGUAGUUUACAAUUUUCUAAAAUAAAGGUUUUCAAAGCCAAUAAAAUCCACUGCACGUUUGGAUUAGGAACUAUGAUACAAGUCAGUGACAUCAUGCUCUUUCAAAACACACCCCUUGAAGAACUAUACUUAGAUAACAACAGAUUAGCCAUCAUUGAAUCGAAUGUUCUUAAGUUCUUACCUCAUACACUUAAAACUCUUUCGCUUGUCAAAAACAGACUGACUAUAGGUCGUUACUUACUGCAGUUUAAGUCUUUAUCAGGCUUAGAAAAAUUGGAUGUAUCUUUUCAGUAUUUUUCCCCUUCUUUCGAUAAAGUAAGGGACGCGUUCUUUUGUCAAAAUCCAGUACGCAUAUGCAAAAAUAAAAUGAACGAAUAUUCUUUGAAAUAUGAGAAAAUGUCGGAUGAAUGUUCAUUUCCACCUUUUGAUAUAUCGUUGCCAAGAAAUUUAACAACCGUCAUUCUAAGGGGUAAUGGCCUAAGGACAGAUAUUCGUGACGUACAAUUCUGUCCAAACAAUAAUCUUGCACACCUUGACAUGUCGCAAAACCCAAUUACAAGCUUCUCUGGUCCCUUUCAUGGAUUAAAAAAGUUAAUAUAUUGGGAUCUUUCUGAAUGUCAUUGUCCGUCUUUGACUGUAUUCUUCUUUAAUUACACAAAGUCAUUGAAAGUUCUAAAACUGAAUAAGAAUCUUCUAGGGAAAAUCCUGGAAAACGACACAGAUGGUGAAACCUUUAAAAAUCUUGUAAAUCUUGAAGAGUUGGACUUGUCUGACAACCAAAUACAAAACUUGCCAAUAAAAAUCUUCAAACACCUACGAAAUAUUCAUAAAAUUAACCUGAAAUCAAACUCUAUGACGCAAUGGAAUGUAAACGUACACCACAUAUGGAAUCUAAUAGAAAUUGAUCUUUCCGGGAACUUACUGCGACAGCUCAAUGAUAAGGCUAUGCUCUCGUUUUCCGAGCUAUUCAAACGGAUUACCUCUAUGACCAUUUCUCUUGCAUAUAAUCCUUUUGCUUGCACAUGUGAAUCAAAACAUUUCAUACAGUGGUCUUUUCAAAACCGCAAAUACAUUUCAGAUUUUCAAAAUAUUACAUGCACGCUUGAUAAUGGAACGAGCAUCGGGCUUCAAAGAGCUGUGGGAUAUCUUGAAGUGUAUUGCACAAAUUAUCAAAUAGUGACAUUCCUUAUAUCCUCCCUUAUAAUUUUCUUUGUUCUAAUAACAAUCUCCGGUUUGGUUUACCGUUACCGAUGGAAACUGCGCUAUAUAUAUUACAUGACAAGAAACAAAUACCGGUUAUCAAGUCCAUUGCAGAACGACACCUUUAUAUUUGAUGCCUUCAUAUCGUAUGCUGAAGAGGACGGCGACUUUGCUGUGAACGAGUCAAUUGUCCAGCUAGAGGAUUUAAGAGGCUUGCAGCUGUGCCUCAGUAAAAGGGAUUUUCGACCAGGUACCGAAAUCGCUGCCAAUAUCACCGAGGCCAUUACCAAAAGCCGGAAAACAAUAAUAGUUCUGUCAGACAAUUUCCUUAAUUCUUACUGGUGCAUGUUUGAAUUCAAUAUGGCGCGCAUGGAGAGUAUAUACACACGGAGUGGUAAAGAUGUUCUGUUUCUCAUUAUGUAUCGGCACGUUUCUACUAAAACGUUGCCUUUAUCAAUGUUGGCUUUGGUAGAUAGUAGAUCCUAUAUUGAAUAUCCUGAUGAUCCCCAAGGAAACAUUGUUUUCUGGGAUAAAAUAGCAGAAACUUGUUCCAGGCCAUCGUAAAUGCUACGUCAAGAUGCAUUGCUUGUACCUGAGCAAAAAAGCAGUUGUAAUUUUAGAUCUUCUGGUGAAAGAGUAGGAGUAGAAGAGCACAUUAAGAAUUCAUAGU